AUGGCUGAACUUCCUCCACCCAACCCCAACCCUAGGCCCGUUCCUAGGUUGAUGAAAGACUUUGGUAGGCCCCAAGUAGGAACUUCACCUUCUUGUAUAGUGCUUACCAAUGCAGCCAAGAAUUAUGAGCUGAAAACGAUCCAUUACAAUCAGUUGCCAUCUUUUCAUGGUUUAGCAACCGAGGAUGCCCUUACCUUUGUCCGGGAUUUUUACGGGGUAGUCCAAAACUUUCCAUUGAAUGACCUGCCAGAAGAUGAACUAAGGAAGAGGUGUUUCCCGUACACUUUAAAAGAUGCAGCAAAACAAUGGUUCAUGUCUCUAACACCUGGAUCCCUUCGGACAUGGCCGGAGGUUUACAAUAAGUUCAUAGGUAAGUUUUAUUCUCAUGCUAAAACUUCUGAAUUACGGAGAAAAAUUGCGAAUUUCUCGCAAGCUGAAGGCGAACCGUUCCAUGAGGCAUGGGAAAGGUUCAAAAUGUUGCUCAUUCAAUGCCCCCACCAUGGCUACCCAUUGGAGCUGCAAAAUCAAACCUUUUAUGAUGGUUUGACCCAAACCAGCCAAUCAAUUGUUGAUAAUGCGGCUGGAGGUGCCAUGGGAGAAAAAACUGCGGAGGAGACCUUAGCAUUGUAUGAAAUGCUAGGAGCGAACUCCCAACAAAAGAGCGUAAGGGGACAGACAUCAGGUAUGUAUGAAGUUAAUUCAAUUACUGAUUUGAAGAUUCAAAUGUCUGCGAUGGAUGAAAAAAUGAAUAACUUGUGUUCUAUGCUGGCUACGAAACAAAGUACUGCAUAUAUGAUUGGAGAAAAUGAUUGUUUCGAACAGGCUAAUGCGAUGAACAAUUUUAAUCAAAGGCCUAGAAACGACCCGUAUUCUAACUCUUAUAAUCCGGGGUGGAGAAAUCACCCUAACUUUUCUUGGGGUAAUAAUCAAAAUAAUUUUCAACCAAUUGCUCCACCUCAACCAAAAAAACCAUCUUUGGAGGAUACAUUGCAAAAUUAUAUACAGGUUUGCAAUAAACGGUCGGAGGCAGAUGAGAAACGGUUCCAACAAAAUGAGGCUUCACUUGCAAGAAAUGAGGUUUCCCUAAGAAAAUUGGAAGUUCAAGUGGGGCAACUCGCAGAAGCUAUGCAAGGCCAUGUGCCAGGUAAGUUACCUAGUCAACCUGAAGAAGCUAAAGUUUUGACUGUUUUAAGAAGUGGUAAAGUUAUUGAAAAAAGUGUGAAAGCAAAUACCACUUCUGAACCAGCUGAAAUAGUUGAAAAGUUGCAUGUUGAUGAUAAUAAUAAUAAGCAUGAACCCCAACUGCAUAAAUCUGAUAAUCCUUAUGUGCCCCCUAAGUCUUAUGUUCCCCUAGUUCCAUUUCCUGGUAGAUUGCAAAAUUCAAAAUUUGAUAAAUCAUUUGCUGAAAUUUAUGAUUUGUUGUCAAAAGUGAACGUGAAUUUGCCUUUGUUAGACAUGAUUAAAAAUAUGCCUGCUUAUGCUAAGUUUUUGAAAGAACUAAACACCAGAAAGCGUAGGUAUGCACAUAAUGAAAAAGUUUUCAUGUCUAAAACUGUGAGUGCUGUUUUACAAACUGACUUGCCCCCAAAAUUAGAAGAUCCCGGUAGUUUCAUAAUAACUAUUACUGUGGGGAAUUCUAAAAAAGAAAAGGCAAUGCUUGAUUUAGGGGCCAGCAUUAACUUGAUGCUAUAUUCUGUCUACUUGCAAUUAGGUCUAGAUAAAUUGAAAUCUACUACAAUGUCCCUCGAGCUUGCUGAUCGCUCUGUUAGAUAUCCUAGGGGCAUUGUAGAAGAUGUUUUGGUCCAAGUUGAUAAAUUAAUAAUUCCUGCUGAUUUUGUUGUUUUAGACAUAAAUAAAAAGUGUAAUCACGAGCAGGACAUGCCUAUCUUGCUUGGCCGACCAUUCAUGGCCACAGCAAAAACGAUGAUUGAUGUCCAAAAUGGAAAAUUAACUAUGACUGUUCUUGAUGAAACUGUUGAAUUUUCAAUUCUGAAAUCAAUGAAAUUGCCUGAAAACGAUAAUAGUCAUUGCUUUGCUGUAGAUGUUUUAGAUUCAAUAAUUUCUGCUGAGUUACUAGAUGAAUAUCUGUUGAAGGUCGAAGAGAUUGAGGCUGAUGAAGUGGAAUCCAGCCAAAGCACAAUAAAAGAGGGGAGUGGUGAAGGAGGUUCAGUUACAGGCUGUUUGGAGCAAAUUAAGGAAAAACUCCAUCCUUCAAUUGAAGCUGAAGUUCCACCCAAGCUUGAACUGAAACCCCUUCCUAAUUCUUUAAAAUAUGCUUUCUUAGGUCCAAAUAAUACUUUUCCUGUAAUAAUUGCUUCUAACCUUUCACAUGAGCAAGAAACAAGCCUACUAGUGGUAUUAAAAAAAUAUAAAAGUGCAAUUGGUUGGACAGUAGACGAUAUUAAAGGAAUAAGUCCGACGGUUUGUAUGCACCGGAUCCUUCUUGAAGAAGGGGCAACUCCUGUCCGCCAACCUCAACGCAGGUUGAAUCCAAAUAUGAAGGAGGUUGUACGUGCAGAAGUCCUAAAGUUGCUUGACUCAGGUAUUAUUUACCCAAUUUCAGAUAGUAAGUGGGUAAGUCCAGUUCAUGUAGUGCCAAAAAAAUCUGGGAUUACUGUGGUUACUAAUGACAAAAAUGAAUUAAUCCCAACUAGAACAGUGACGGGGUGGCGAAUGUGCAUAGAUUAUAGAAAAUUAAAUGCCGCCACUAAAAAAGAUCAUUUCCCUUUGCCCUUUAUUGACCAAAUGUUAGAAAGAUUAGCUGGACAUGCUUAUUAUUGUUUCCUUGAUGGCUUUCAAGGUUAUUUUCAGAUUCCUAUUGCACCUGAAGAUCAAGAAAAAACGACAUUUACAUGCCCUUUUGGCACGUUUGCUUACCGCAGAAUGUCAUUUGGGUUGUGUAAUGCACCUGCGACUUUUCAAAGGUGUAUGAUGUCAAUAUUUUCUGAUAUGAUUGAACGAUAUGUUGAGGUGUUUAUGGAUGAUUUUUCUCUGUUCGGUGAUUCUUUUGAUGAUUGUCUUGCUCAUUUAUCUUCUGUGCUUGAAAGAUGUGUUAAAAUGAACUUAACCUUGAGUUGGGAAAAAAGUAAUUUCAUGGUUAAAGAGGGCAUUGUUUUGGGGCAUAUAAUUUCUGACAGGGGAGUAGAGGUAGAUAAGGCUAAAAUUGAAGUUAUUUCUAAAUUACCUCCCCCUACAUCUGUGAAAGAAGUGCGAAGUUUUCUUGGUCAUGCAGGUUUCUACAGGCGCUUCAUAAAAGAUUUCUCUAAAAUUUGCAGGCCUUUAUGCAACUUGCUGGGAAAAGAUGUUGUUUUCAAAUUUGAUGAUGAUUGCCUUUCUGCUUUUAAGUUUUUGAAAGAAAAAUUAACUGCUGCUCCCAUUCUUGCGGCACCUAAUUGGGAGUUUCCUUUUGAAAUAAUGUGUGAUGCAUCUGAUUAUGCCGUAGGUGCUGUGUUAGGACAAAGAAUUAAUAAAAUGCCUUAUGUGAUUCAUUAUGCAAGUAGAACUUUGGAUAGUGCUCAGGCUAACUAUACAACUACUGAAAAGGAGUUGUUGGCUAUAGUCUUUGCAUUAGAAAAAUUUCGUUCUUACUUAAUUGGUUCUAAGGUGAUUGUUUAUUCUGAUCAUUCUGCUCUGAAAUUUUUGUUGGCUAAAAAAGAUGCAAAACCUAGACUAAUAAGAUGGAUUUUGUUGUUACAAGAAUUUGAUUUAACAAUCAAGGAUAAAAAAGGGUGCGAGAAUGUGGUAGCUGACCAUUUGUCUCGUUUACCCGAAGUAGCUAAUAAUUGUCAUGAUGUUAAUAUUCCUAUCAAUGACAGGUUUCCGGGUGAACAGUUGCUCUCCUUACAUAAUAAAGAGCCUUGGUAUGCAGAUAUUGUGAAUUAUUUAGUCUCGGGUCAAUUUCACCCAGGCUUAAAUUCACAAAGAAAACAACAUUUUCUCUCCAAAGCAAAACAUUUCUUUUGGGAUGAACCUUACUUGUUUAAAAUUUGUCCUGAUCAAAUAAUUAGAAGAUGUAUCCCUGAGUUUGAACAGCAAAAUAUUUUGAAUCACAGUCACACUUUAAAUUGCGGAGGACAUUUUAGUGGAAAAAAAACUGCAUUAAAAGUUUUGCAAUCUGGUUUUUAUUGGCCUACUUUGUUCAAGGAUGCAUUUGAAUUUUGUGCUAAGUGUGACAGGUGCCAGAGGACUGGUAAUAUAAGUAAGCGUCAUGAAAUGCCCCUUUCGAAUAUUUUGGUUGUUGAUCUCUUUGAUGUUUGGGGAAUUGAUUUCAUGGGGCCUUUUCCUACAUCCUUUGGUUUUAAUUACAUUCUUGUGGCUGUUGAUUAUGUGUCAAAAUGGGUUGAAGCUGUAGCCACUAGGACAAAUGACAGUAAGGUUGUUUUGAAAUUCUUAAAAGAUAUUUUUGCCAAGUUUGGGACACCCAGAGCUAUUAUUAGCGAUGAAGGUACCCACUUCUGUAAUAAACUUUUUGCAGGUCUUCUAAAAAAAUAUGGCAUUACUCAUAAAGUGGCUACUCCGUACCAUCCACAAACCUCUGGCCAAGUCGAGGUGAGUAACAGACAAAUCAAGGGAAUUUUGGAAAAAACAGUGAAUCCUUCUCGGAAGGAUUGGGCCAUUAAGCUGAAUGAUGCCUUGUGGGCUUAUAGGACAGCCUACAAAACCCCAAUUGGUAUGAGCCCGUACAGGUUAGUAUUUGGCAAGGCUUGUCAUUUGCCAGUAGAGUUAGAACACAAAGCCUAUUGGGCUAUUAAAUUCCUAAAUUUUGAUUUGCAGAGGGCUGGUGGAAUAAGAAAAUUGAAUUUGAAUGAAUUAGAUGAAAUAAGGAAUGAAGCCUAUGAAAACUCAAAAAUCUAUAAAGAGAGGACUAAAGUUUAUCAUGAUAAGUUUAUUUUGAGAAAAAAUUUUGAACCUGGGAUGAAAGUUUUGCUAUUUAAUUCUCGUUUGAGAUUGUUUCCAGGUAAGUUAAAAUCUAGAUGGACAGGGCCUUUUGUGGUACGUGAGGUGUUUUCUCAUGGUGCAUGUGAGAUUGAAAAUCCAGAAACAGGUGAAAAAUUUAAGGUAAAUGGGCAAAGACUAAAGCAGUACCUUGAGGGUGAACCCUCCGCCCUGAUUGUUGAACGGGUAGAAUUGCAGGACUCUGAAUGCCCAUGUCUAGCUACUGACAAUAACUAA